AUGAUUUCUUUGACCACGACUGUGGCUACAAGUACUACAAUGACUUCAGAUACGACUUCCGUGUCAAGUACCCUUAAAAGUACAACUACAAGUACUAGGACAACUCCAAGUACAACUUCCAUGUUAAGCACUCUUACACGUACAAAUGCAAGUACUACGACAACUUCAAGAAUGACAACAACAAAAACAACAAAUAAAAUCCUGCCAACAAGUACCAUAGAAAAUAGAACAAUAAUAUCAAGUACAAUUCCAACAACAACCACUACAAAAAUGUUCAUGCCCAUUGAAACAUCAAUUGGUCUAAUAAGUGAAACUGUUGAACUGACUACAACAACUACUAGUAGUAUUCCUUAUAUAGCAGUACUCACAGAUGAUGUUUCAACCGCAACAUCUGUCAAUGUUUUAGUUGUUGUUUUAGCUACUGUUAUUCCAAUUAUCACAGCUGCAGCCAUUAUUUUAACUAUUGCGCUUAAAUAUAACAUUUGCAAGAAAAAAACCAAGGUACACAAUUUUGAAAUGAAGGAAAUGAAACAAGCACUCGUAUAA